CAUAUAAAAAUGAUACUGCAUGACUGAGAUCACCCUAGAAUCUGUUCUUGACCUUUGAGAGGAGGAACAAUGGUUCUGAAACACAGAGCAGGUUUGCUGACAGUUGCAUGUGCAUGGAUGGCGAUUCUGAUGCAAGGACUGGAUGCACGGCAUGCAGGACCACAGAAACGAGCUGCUGCUGCUGCUGCUUCCCCGUGCAGACCGAAGGAGCUGGCAGCCCUCGCCAGAAGUCUGGUGGAAGAGACUUUGACUAGUUUUGACGAAGCCAAUGGGAAGCACCUCGGUGCUUGGUCCCCUGGCUUCCCCGAGCUGCAGGUCCACCAGAACGCUCCUGUUGUCGGCUCAGAGGUUCAGUGCGGCCUCAUCUUCAUGGCUAAAGGCCUGGAGGAGGUCUUGAAGGACCAGAAAGACAACCUAAACCCCGGAGACACUGCCCUUCACAAAAAGCUCCACGACACCAUCUCCAGGGUGAAACUGCUGGCAACGUGUCUGAAGAAUGUUCUGGGGGGUGAAUGCCCCUCAAAACCUUCUCCGCCAGCGAUGCCUGAGCAUGCGUUUGAGAGGAAACAGUUUGGUCACACUCUGUUAAAGACAGCCAAGCACUAUCUUGACUGGCUGCAGCGCAAGCUUGUGGUCCACGUUUUCAAAAUGAAAGAAGCAAAUAAGGUGAAACCUAAAGUUAUCAAGGUAACACCUCAGAGGUACUUGGAAGGGAGCAGAUACCAACUGUAGUUUUAGACAAGCUGAUGGCAGUUGGUCAUGCAGAUGUGGUGACAGAUUAUGGCAGCUUAUUUUCUAACUUAUAUAUUUUUGUACAAUUUGAAUAUACUUUUGUGUCAGACAGUCACACAGUGUGUCUCAGUUUUUACUCUGUUGGAAUAAAAUAAUUUGCCCGAAAUAGUCUAAAUGGCCAUUUAAACAGCUUCUAAAGUGGAAUUUCAGCUCUUUAAAGGCAUUUUUUGACGUGUUUGGCAAACUGUUCAUUGCUUUUCCUUCUGCUGUUGGAUGAAACAGUUGUUGAUGAUGUCGUGUCUGUGCAUUGAGUACAACGGAAGAGCUAAGAUCUUUUAUUUAUCAGGUAAAUGUAGCACCCUUAGCUUAGCAUAAAGACUGCAAAUGGGGGAAACGGCAACCAUCAGCACAUCUUUAAAAAAAAUAAAAAAUAAAAAUGUAAAUACCAAAUUGCGAUUUUAACUUGUGUACUUGCAAGACUAUUUCUUGCAUUUAACCUCCUGGCAGCUGAAGCUCCUUAUUCACUUUACAGGUACCGAUCAUCUCCUAACUUUAAGCAACAAAGCACACGUGCCAAUAUCCUACUAUAUCAUAUCAUUAAAUCUAUAUCAGAAAUGCCUUUGUUUUGUUAAACUCGAUACCUCACAGCAAUUGACACGUUCCCCCACGGUGGUGAUUAAUCAACAUGCCAGCGGAGCAAAUGAGAAGGGGCUCUAAUACAUUUCCUAAUUACGACAGUUUGUUUUCUCAGCCUUCACAGUGAUUAAUUGUUUUGCUCGUGCCACCUAUCCCCUGUGAGCCGGCUCACAUCGCCUGAGGUAGAAAGACAAGCCGAUAAGAAUCGCCGGUUUGGACUCCAAUCACUGCAUUUCGCAGUGAAAUUUGCGGACAGAUGGACAGUGCACAGCGAGGCAGAUAAGACUGUCAAAGAGAACAACACUGUAAAAAAAAAAAAAAA